AUGGAGAAGGGUCGACCGCGAAGAACAGGAUCCCGGGAGGUGAGCUCCCGGUUGCUCCUCUCCCCGGCCUCCUCGCCCGCCUCCGGCCUCGCCGUCUCCCCUGUUCGCCGCAGAACCAUCUCCGACCCCCCUAGCAAGCUCCGGUCCUCUGUCUCCUCCUUCUCCCGCGGCCUCUGGCCCUCCUCCCGGAAGCCCGGCACCCUCGCUGACCACCUCGGCGACGACCGCCUCAUCGACCUUGCCGAGCGGAACGCCGGCGGCAAAGCCGUCUCCACCACCACCGCAGCCGCUCCUCAGUCCAUCAUCCGCCAGCGGAGCUGCUCCGAGUUCGGCCGGUUCGAUGGCAAGGACGAGACGAAGAAGAAGGGCCGGAGGUCCAGGGAGAACCUCCCGAUCGGCGGGUCCAUGCGGUACAACGGCAAGAUCCGCUUCCCCCGAUCGCCUAAGCCUGGCAGCUCCCCUCCCUCUCCUUCCUCCGCCGUGCCUUUAGCCCUGACCCCCGGCCGGAUCUCGGUGGACGAGAACGCGCUGCCUCUCCUGCGGAAGUCAGACUUCGGCCUCGACUACCCGAGCUCGGAGUCGGACCGGAGCGAGACUAAGAUCCCGACUCCGAGAAUCCCGAAAUCUGAGUCGGCGAGGGUGAUGGCGGCGAAGGCGAUCAGCAGGGCGAGCUCGAUGACGGCGUACGGUUCUGCCUCGACGCAGUGGGCCCUGUCGCCGGGGCGGCGGUCGGGGUCUCCUCCGACGGCAGCGGCGGCAGAGGGGAGAGCGGCGGGGAUGGGGAGGUCGUUCUCGAACCUUCGGCCGCCGAGCCCGGGGAAGGGCAGGAAGGUGGGGAAUUUUAUAAGCAUGGGGCUGGAUCUACUUCACUUUCGAAGGAGAUCGUUUUCUGGGUCUAGCGCCGGAGGCGGCGGGAGUUCUUCGCCGGCGUCGUCGUCUUCUUAUCCUUCCUUAGCCGUGGGUUCUCCGAGUGCGGGAGGGGUGGGGGUCAUGGGGGAGAUGGGACACCAGUUCCGGCUGAUGCACAACCGUCUGAUCCAGUGGAGAUGCGUGAAUGCGAGAUCAGACGCCGUGAAUCGGAUCAGGAUGGCGAAUUCGGAGAGGAUGUUGGUGAUGGGGUGGGCGGAGGUGACGAAGGUGCAGAGCAGGGUGGUGCAGAAGAGGUUGAAGCUGGAGAGGGAGAGGCUGGCGCUCAAGCUCAACACCCUCCUCUCUUCCCAGAUGAAGGCACUGGAAAGCUGGGGGGACAUGGAGAGGCUGCACACUUCAGCGCUGUCCACCACCAAGGGCUCCUUGCAGGCUACCGUGUGCAGGCUGCCCCUCAUCGAUGGAGCCCAAGCAGAGCCCCAGCAUCUGUCCGCAGCGCUUCGACAAGCAAAAGAUAUUUUGGCAGCAAUCACAAGCUCGGUCAAUAAGAUCAUUCCCACGAUACAGACUCCAAACACAGUCCCUCUGCUUUCAGACCUUGUCCGUGUGAUUGCCGCAGAACGAUCGCUUAUAGAAGAAUGCUUCGAGUUGCUGCGCUUGGUCGCUGCCCUCCAGAUCCAAGAGCAGAGCUUAAAGUGCCAUGUAAUCCAAUUUAAUUCACUGCAACAACGGAAACAGCUUGAGAAGAACAUGGUUAUAAUGACUAACCAGUCGGAGCUGAGGCCCCAGGUUUAA